UUUCAUCACACUAUCACACGACACACGCCUAAUAAGAAAAUAAACUAACCUGACUAACGGCAGAGAAAGGUAAACAGAUCUGACCCUACAGGAGGAUACCCCGGUGAGGAAGGAGUACGUGGAGUGAGAAGAUGGGACGCUCCUCCAAAGACAAACGCGAUAUCUAUUACCGCCUGGCCAAAGAGGAGGGCUGGCGAGCGAGGAGUGCCUUCAAGCUCCUGCAGCUGGACGAGGAGUUCAACCUUUUUAAAGGAGUAAGUCGGGCGGUAGAUCUGUGCGCCGCCCCCGGCAGCUGGAGUCAGGUCCUGAGUCGAAAACUCCGUAACGGAAAAGAGAAGAGUGAAGACGUCAAGAUUGUAGCGGUUGAUCUCCAGGCCAUGGCUCCACUCCCAGGGGUCACACAGAUUCAGGGGGACAUCACUAAGAUCUCAACAGCUCAGGAGAUAAUUCGGCACUUUGAGGGGCAGUCCGCGGACCUGGUGGUGUGCGACGGGGCACCCGAUGUUACGGGACUUCAUGAUGUGGAUGAAUAUAUUCAAGCCCAGCUGCUGCUAGCAGCUCUCAAUAUUACUACACAUGUUCUCAAACCUGGAGGCAACUUUGUUGCAAAAAUAUUUCGGGGAAAGGAUGUGACCCUGCUGUAUUCCCAGCUCAAAAUCUUCUUCAGCACCGUGACUUGUGCCAAGCCCCGGAGCAGCCGAAACUCCAGCAUAGAAGCGUUUGUGGUGUGCCAGAAUUAUUCACCCCCCGAAGGAUAUGUCCCCAACAUGUCAAAUCCACUACUCGAUCAUUCUUACGACGUAGACUUUAACCAGCUAGAGGGACCAAACCGGAUUAUUGUUCCUUUUCUUGCUUGUGGGGACCUGAGUGCCUUUGACUCAGACAGGACAUACCCUCUCCAGCUUGACUCUGAUAAAGAGUAUCAGUAUUUACCACCCACUCAACCUCCAAUUCAACCACCCUAUCAGCAAGCUUGUCUCCUACGCAAAAACAAUCUACUGGCCAAGGAGAAUUCUCCUUCUGUUUCACUGGAUGACGCGCUCUCUGCUAUGAACCUCGAGGCCAGUCAGGAACCUAACCCAACGACAAGUUCAUCUUCAUGAGGCGUCAUAUUUACUUGUGAACAUUUUAUGUCACAAAACUGUAAUCACAAAAACGUAUAGUUUUUUUUUUUUAAUGUUUUUGAAAAUGAAGUCAUUUUAUGUAAUAGUAUUUAUCUAACUGAUCAUUUCUGAAUUUCUACUCCUCUCUGUCAAUGAAUA